CGGCUCGGGCUUCAGUGCGCCUAGUGUAGCCAGCGGCCGCCGAGGCUCCCACCGCCAGGGGGAGAAGCCGGGCGGGCGCUAGGGAGGCGGGCCGGGCCCUGGCCGCCCCGCUGGCCAGCCCGCGCCGCACAAGCUCUGAAGCGGCGGCUGCGCGGGGUCUGCCGAGCCCCCGGGCGCAGCGUGCCCGGUCCGAAGCGCCACGGCUGGAUGCGCGUCCCGGGUGGCUACGGGCUCCCGCGGGGGGCGCGGGGGGCGCUCCGGCCGCUCCGGUGCGCCUCCAGACUGCGGGCGCCGCGACCGCCGAGCCGAGAGCAGCUCCCGCCGGCCCCUUCCCCCUCCCGCCCCCGCCGCCGCCCCCUCCCCCUUCCCCCCCCCACCCCGCCCGUUAACAUCUCCUCCCUCCCCCUCCUUCUCUUCCUUCCCUUGGCCCCGCGCGCUCGCUCGCUCGCUUCUCGCCUCGCUCUCCCCUUUAAACGCCCACUUCGGAUGGGGAAAGAGGACAACUUGAAGUCAAGUUGCAAUUAACUUCCGCGGCAGCCGCAGCUCCGGCGGCGGCGGCGGCGGCAGGAGAGGCAGAAGCCGCCGCCUCGGAAGUCCGACGCCGGCGCGCCCGCCCGGGGAGCCGUUCCUGGUUUCAGGCCCGCACUCGACAGCCACCGCCGCCCCCUACGUCCAUGCCUGAGUGAUCUUUAGACAGUGACUGAGUAUGGAUCAUUUGAACGAGGCAACUCAGGGGAAAGAACAUUCAGAAAUGUCUAACAAUGUGAGUGAUCCGAAGGGUCCACCAGCCAAGAUUGCCCGCCUGGAGCAGAACGGGAGCCCACUAGGAAGAGGAAGGCUUGGGAGUACAGGUGCAAAAAUGCAGGGAGUGCCUUUAAAACACUCGGGCCAUCUGAUGAAAACCAACCUUAGGAAAGGAACCAUGCUGCCAGUUUUCUGUGUGGUGGAACAUUAUGAAAACGCCAUUGAAUAUGAUUGCAAGGAGGAGCAUGCAGAAUUUGUGCUGGUGAGAAAGGAUAUGCUUUUCAACCAGCUGAUCGAAAUGGCAUUGCUGUCGCUAGGUUAUUCGCAUAGCUCUGCUGCCCAGGCCAAAGGGCUAAUCCAGGUUGGAAAGUGGAAUCCAGUUCCACUGUCUUAUGUGACAGAUGCCCCUGAUGCUACAGUAGCAGAUAUGCUUCAAGAUGUGUAUCAUGUGGUCACACUGAAAAUUCAGUUACACAGUUGCCCCAAACUAGAAGACUUGCCUCCCGAACAAUGGUCGCACACCACAGUGAGGAAUGCUCUGAAGGACUUACUGAAAGAUAUGAAUCAGAGUUCGUUGGCCAAGGAGUGCCCCCUUUCACAGAGUAUGAUUUCUUCCAUUGUGAACAGUACUUACUAUGCAAAUGUCUCAGCAGCAAAAUGUCAAGAAUUUGGAAGGUGGUACAAACAUUUCAAGAAGACAAAAGAUAUGAUGGUUGAAAUGGAUAGUCUUUCUGAGCUAUCCCAGCAAGGCGCCAAUCAUGUCAAUUUUGGACAGCAACCAGUUCCAGGGAACACAGCCGAGCAGCCUCCAUCCCCUGCGCAGCUCUCCCAUGGCAGCCAGCCCUCUGUCCGGACCCCUCUUCCAAACCUGCAUCCUGGGCUCGUAUCAACGCCUAUCAGUCCUCAGUUGGUCAACCAGCAGCUGGUGAUGGCUCAGCUGCUGAACCAGCAGUAUGCAGUGAAUAGACUCUUAGCCCAGCAGUCCUUAAACCAACAAUACUUGAACCACCCUCCCCCGGUCAGUAGAUCUAUGAAUAAGCCUUUGGAGCAACAGGUUUCGACCAACACAGAGGUGUCUUCCGAAAUCUACCAGUGGGUACGCGAUGAACUGAAACGAGCAGGAAUCUCCCAGGCAGUAUUUGCACGUGUGGCUUUUAACAGAACUCAGGGCUUGCUUUCAGAAAUCCUCCGAAAGGAAGAGGACCCCAAGACUGCAUCCCAGUCUUUGCUGGUAAACCUUCGGGCUAUGCAGAAUUUCUUGCAGUUACCGGAAGCUGAAAGAGACCGAAUAUACCAGGACGAAAGGGAAAGGAGCUUGAAUGCUGCCUCAGCCAUGGGUCCCGCCCCCCUGAUAAGCACACCACCCAGCCGCCCUCCCCAGGUGAAAACAGCUACUAUUGCCACGGAGAGGAAUGGGAAACCAGAGAACAAUACCAUGAACAUUAAUGCUUCCAUUUAUGAUGAGAUUCAGCAGGAAAUGAAGCGCGCUAAAGUGUCUCAAGCACUGUUUGCAAAGGUUGCAGCAACCAAAAGCCAGGGAUGGUUAUGCGAGCUGUUACGCUGGAAAGAAGAUCCUUCUCCAGAAAACAGAACCCUGUGGGAGAACCUCUCCAUGAUCCGAAGGUUCCUCAGUCUUCCUCAGCCAGAACGUGAUGCCAUAUAUGAACAGGAGAGCAACGCAGUGCAUCACCAUGGCGACAGGCCGCCCCACAUUAUCCAUGUUCCAGCAGAGCAGAUUCAGAGCCCCUCUCCCACCACCCUUGGGAAAGGAGAGUCUAGAGGCGUUUUCUUACCAGGCCUGCUGACCCCUGCACCAUGGCUCGGUGCUGCUCCUCAGCAACAGCAGCAGCAACAGCAGCAGCAGCAGCAGCAGCAGGCGCCGCCGCCUCCACAGCCACAGCAGCAGCCACAGGCGGGCCCUCGGCUCCCCCCACGGCAACCCACGGUGGCCUCUCCAGCAGAGUCAGAUGAGGAGAACCGGCAGAAGACGCGGCCACGAACAAAAAUUUCAGUGGAAGCCUUGGGAAUCCUCCAGAGUUUCAUACAAGACGUAGGCCUGUACCCUGACGAAGAGGCCAUCCAGACUCUGUCUGCCCAGCUCGACCUUCCCAAGUACACCAUCAUCAAGUUCUUUCAGAACCAGCGGUACUAUCUCAAGCACCACGGCAAACUGAAGGACAAUUCCGGUUUAGAGGUCGAUGUGGCAGAAUAUAAAGAAGAGGAGCUGCUGAAGGAUUUGGAAGAGAGUGUCCAAGAUAAAACUACUAACACCCUUUUUUCAGUGAAACUAGAAGAAGAGCUGUCAGUGGAAGGAAACACAGACAUUAAUGCUGAUUUGAAAGACUGAGAUACAAGUAUUUGUUUCAUUCAACAGUGCCACUGGUAUUUACUAACAAAAUGAAAAGUCCACCUUGUAUUCUCUCAGAAAACCUUUGUUGUUCAUUGUUUGGCCAAUGAAUCUUCAAAAACUUGCACAAACAGAAGAGUUGGAAAAGGAUAAUGCAGACUGCACUAAAUGUUUUACUCUGUUUUACAAACUGCUUGGCAGCCCCAGGUGAAGCAUCAAGGAUUGUUUGGUAUUAAAAUUUGUGUUCACGGGAUGCACCAAAGUGUGGACCCCGUAAGCAUGAAACCAGUGAUUUUUUUUUUUUUUUUUUUUUUUUUUAGUUCUUAUUCUGGAGCCUCAAACAAGCAUUAUACCUUCUGUGAUUAUGAUUUCCUCUCCUAUAAUUAUUUCUGUAGCACUCCACACUGAUCUUUGGAAACUCGUCCCUUAUUUAAAAAAAAAAGAAAAAAAAAGAGUUUGUUACUCUAUUGUAUGUUACAAAAGAACUAUAGACUGUGGAAUGCAGUUUAAAGAUGACAUAUGCCAACAAAUGCCUUGUAUUAUAUGGCACUGCCGUAAUUCAAAUUUGUUUUUAUUUUGGAAAUAAAAGUUCACUGUAAUUUUUUUUUCAUUCUCAUUGUUACAUGAUUUUUUUAAAAAAAGGAAAAGAAAAUGUGAAACACAAUUUAGUCCUCAUUAUUUAUUUGUAGAUCCUGCAGCAUCAUGUUGUAAUUAAUUUUUUGGAAGUUUCCGUUAAAUGUAAUAUUGCUUCUCUUGUUACCAUACUGAUUCUUUUCUAUUUAUAAAUGUAUUUUGAUGGGCAGUAAAACAAAGUGUCUUAAAAGUUUUAAAUAGAGAAAAUGUGCUUUACACAGUUGCCUAUAAAAAGUGCUCUAUGUUAUCCAAGCAAUUCAUACUAUAAGCUUCACUCUUAUUGUUGUAUGCAAUUUUUACUAUCAUGCAAAUAAGCUUAGGUAAAUAAAACUAAUAGAUCACCUUAGAAAAUUAUGCAAUUAAUGUGAAAAUAAUUGAUGUUUGCAAUGUGUCUUCCUUUGGUUUACAAUCAAUUUUAAAGCUACAUCUGUAUAAAAUUUCUGUAUAAAGGUGUAUUUCUUUUUUAUGAGUUUAUGGCUAUGAAAACACCAGCUAUUUUGUUACAGCUGGCUGUUUUUAUAAGUGUAUCACAAUUUUCUUUAUGCAGAAAUGUUCUGACUAGGAGUGGUUAUUGACUGUAACUACACAAUUAAAAUUGUUUGUAUCGUAUGACAUGGUAGGGUUUGUCUGCUUAUGUGAAGUAACUUUAAAGAAGAGUCAAAGGAUGGCCCUCUCAUUUAGGUGCAUGUUAAUACUUGAUAUUUUACUGAUUUUAAAAAGAGCAAUUGACAAGUUACUUGAAACACUGUAAAUUGAAAUCACAAACACAUGCUCAUUUUUAAAUAGGUAUGAAAUUUCACAAUGAAAAUAACCUGUUUUGGUUAACAUUUUGCUUCAUAAAUAGAGAUAGGAUGGUCAAAAGACUCUCCAACAAAAACAUAAAUCCAGUCUCUAGCAGUUAUGUUCUUAGAAUGGAUUCAUCUAUGCUUAUUUCACAAUACUUCAUUUAUAGCAACGCUUUUCCUUAACCUUAUGUACAGAUAUUUCUAAAGGCCAUUAAUAGUAACAAAAUGGAAAAAAUAGACCUUCUGUAUAAAAACCCCUUAAUGAGCUUUUUUUUCACAAGUUAUAAAUGGAAUAAGUUAAUAACUGAGCUCAUAAGUGUAUGUCAUAACUAUAAGAGCCACAUGAAGAAAAUAGGAAUGACACACCUGGUAUUUAAACACAAUCUUCAAAAUUCUUGCAACAUUAAACAUAGUAAAAUGCCAGAAUAUAAAACGAGGUGUGCUAAUGGUCACAGGAUUGAGGCCAGCAUUACAGUUUGGGGUGAUUUUUCUUCCAUUUGCUUCCUCACUUUGUUUCCUAGAUGCUAGUAGGGGUGUCUGGGUUGCUUGAGAUACCAUUCUGCAAUUGCCCCUUCUCUCUCUGCCUGCCAUUUUCUCAGGCCCUGAUGAGCUUAUUGGUAGGCAACUGGGCUGCUUUACUGUUGACUGAACUUGUACUUCAGAAACUGAAAUGGAAUCAUUGAAAACUCAAUAAAGCUUUAAAGUUCCAUUUACUUUAGAAGCACAACUAAGCUCCUCUGAAGGCAGCUGGUUUGUUGCAAACUUAAAAUUGUACUGAAAAGUUGCCACUUUUUAUUAAGUAAGAAAACACAAACAUUCUUGCUCACUAGAGUUCAGAAAAGUAAUAAUUUGAGCCAAAGGAAUUUGAAUUAAGAAAAUACAAACUAGAUUUCAUGUAUUUAAAACAUAUAAAAUAAAACAGAAACUCGGAUGCCAUUAAGAUAUCCUCCUCUUCCUUAUAUCCCCUAAGUUUAAGGGAAAAGGCUGGAUAUAGCAGAGAGUAGAAUUGAUGUCCUUAAUUUUUAACCAGCCCAACCCUUAGCACAAGGUGUCAAAUAGGUAUGAGAUUUAGUAAUUUUUUUGGAAGGAGAAAUUGGGUUGCAAAUAACUUUCCCAUUCCUAAUAACCUGAAUUAUUUUGAAAUAAUGUUUUCAGUGAAAUGAUGAACGUGUUUGAUAAUCAACAUAAUGCUAACGAAAUUCCCACUUAGAUUUUUUUUUAACUUUCAAAAGUCAGCAUGGUUUUGAUAAUUCGAUAUUUUAAAUGCCCCCCCCCCCCCCGCCCACACACACACACAAGCACAUGUUAAACAAUGAUAGAUGGAGUGAGCAAAAGUGUUUUCAGGGAGGAUGGCACAUUUUAGAAAAGACUUGCCCAGAUGAUCUUCCAUAUUGCUCCCCCAAUGUCAUUUAUCACUCAUACCAGUCCUCUUGUUACCUGUAGCUAUGGCAAAAUUCCUUUAACAAGCUUCAUUGUGUUCAAGUAUUUCAGAGACUUUUAAAAGCUGGGCAUGACGUAGCAUUUUGUGCUGUUAAGACCUUAGCAGAGUCAGGUAGUUUACGGGUAAUAUUCAACCUUGUGCAUCUGAAUCUGUCAUGGAUUCUCUUCACUCAGCACUUUGCCACUAAUUUGUAUUACACUCUGUGGCCAUAUAAUACUUGCACAUUAUGCAAAAAAUAAAAUGUUGAUAGUAUCUCCUUGCCACACAGUAUGCAGAGUUGACACAGAACCUUUGAAAACCAAGGUAACUAAUAUGUAUGUCCUGGUUGUGUGGCACUUGGUAACAAAGUCUGUACAUAUUAUGUAUAAAGUGUGUAUUGGUUAGCAUUUAGUACUAAGAAAUUCUCAGUUUAAGUGUUUUUUUUUUUCAAAGUAGCGAUAUCUAUAUCUGUGUUUAUCUAAAAAUACUAGCUUGAAUAGAAAACAUUCUCAAAUGGUUCAAGAUUGAGUAAAAAUGAGAAUCCCAUACAUUCCAUUAUUAAAUUCCGCCCUAUUCCCAAUUGUUAGCAUCUGGCUGAUAUUAAGGUCUUUGAUUGUCACAAUAUUCUCAAUAAAUGAGACAUUCUGAA